AUGGCAUAUUUUAAGGACAAUUCUGAAAGAAGUAGGGAAGAAGAUAAGUCUGUUUCCUUUGAUGCUUACGUGACUAUUACCACACAAGUGAGGUCCCUUCUGGUGCUCCAGCAGAUCAUAGAUGGGGUGGGUGAUGGGAUGAGCCACGUCAUAUUCUUGGGUCUGGACCUGGGCAGCUGUGUUCUCAUCAACAGACACAGUGAACACUGUUGGCAACUGAACUGUCACUCCAGCAGCUCUGGGGUAUUGUUGAUAGGAUAGUGUCUGCAGCCCAGGCUNCAUACACCCAUGUACUUUCUCCUGAGCCAACUCUCCCUUAUGGACAUGAUGCUGGUCUCCACCAUAGUGCCCCAAAUGGCAGCUCAUUAUUUAACGGGCAAGAAAUCCAUCUCCGCUGCUGGCUGUGGCUUCCAGAUCUUCAUCUUCCUCACACUAGAAGGUGGAGAAUGCUUCCUCUUAGCAGCCAUGUCCUACGACCGCUACGUGGCUAUCUGCCGCCCACUGCGCUACUCGGUUCUCAUGAGCUGGCAGUUAUGUCUGAGACUGAGCUUGGGGUCGUGGCUCCUGGGAGCAGCUGAUGGAGCCAUGCAGGCCGCUGCCACCCUGAGCUUCCGGUUUUGCCGCGGGAAUGAAAUGGAUCACUUCUUCUGUGAGGCCCCUGUGUUGUUGCGCCUGGCUUGUGGUAACACGGCUGCCUUUGAGUUUGUCAUGUACAUCUGCUGUGUGCUGAUGCUUCUGGUCCCCUUAUCCCUCAUCCUGACGUCGUACGGCCUCAUCCUGGCCACUGUCCUCCAAAUGAGAUCCGUAGAAGCCGGCAAGAAGGCCUUUGCCACCUGCUCCUCGCACCUGGCAGUGGUGACACUCUUUUAUGGAGCUGCCAUUUUCAUCUACAUGAGGCCGACAUCUUCCAGGUCAGCUAAGCAUGACAAGAUUGUAUCCGCCUUCUACACUAUUGUCACCCCCAUGCUGAACCCCCUCAUCUACAGUCUUCGGAACAGUGAGGUCAAGGGCAGCCUGAGGAAGCGUGUUGCCCACUGCGCUCCCCUCACUAGAAAGGAUGCCUUGGUUUGCCUGGAUUUGGGUGGUUGUACAAAGAGGAAAGGUACACAGUAG